GGACUGCAUUUAGGCCUACAUGUACUGUAUGUAGUUUUAUUGUUGUGGCUCUCCUCUCUGUGCACGAACACGUGGUGAUCGCAGACUUCUUCGUGUCCGCUAUCACUUGUUAUGGAAUUCCAGCCAGCUGUGAACUGUAUAUUGUUUGGAUUUGUGAAGCCUGAUUCUGAAGAUUGCCGAAAAGGACACAUUUAAUAGAGCGAGACGAUAGUUUCAGUUUUGAACUCGUUAAACGGCAUUUGCAAGGUUUGAGAGGUACACGACGCUCAAGAUGUCAACGGACGCUGAAACGAAUUCCUCCUUGGGCGAUCGCAGGACUUUCCAUGUUGUGGAUUAUGUGAUAUUCUCUGUCACUCUGGCCGUGUCCGCCGGCAUCGGGCUGUACCUCGCCAUCAGGGACAAAAGCGAGAAGAGCACGAAAGAGUACUUGCUGGCGGGGCGAAAAAUGACCGUUUUGCCCGUCUCUCUGUCUCUCCUCUCCAGUUUCGUGUCCGCCAUUACGAUUCUGGGCACCCCAUCGGAGAUCUAUGUCUUCGGGACGAUGUACGUAUGGUUUGGAGCCACCUACCUGACAUCACUUGCAUUUGCCGCCCAUCUUUACAUUCCCGUGUUCUAUCGUUUGGGUGUCACUAGCGCUUACGAGUACCUCGAGAAACGUUUCAACAAGCUGAUAAGAACUGUGUGCUCGACAGCUUAUUGUGCACAAACGGUUCUUUUAAUGGCCAUCGUUCUUUAUGCACCGUCAUUGGCUCUUAAUGCUGUCACAGAUUUAAGUCUUUGGGGAACAGUUAGUGCCGUCGCAGUUGUCUGUACAUUAUAUACCAUGUUGGGUGGAAUGAAGGCAGUGCUGUGGACGGACACAUUCCAAGUCGGGGUGAUGUUCUUAGGGCUCAUUACCAUUCUGAUCAAGGGUAGUAUAGACUUAGGAGGCUUCCACAAAGCCUGGGAUAUCGCCGCCCAAAGAGGCCGGAUAUACUUCACCGAUUUCAGUGGGGAUCCCACUAUUCGCCAUUCUUUCUGGGCUCUUGUGGUCGGAGGAACCUUCACGUCUUUGUCUAUCUACGGCACCAAUCAGUCUCAGGUUCAACGAUCUCUCACCUUACCCACGUUAAAAAAGUCCAAAAUAGCGAUAUGGUUAAACCUACCAUUGAAGUUUCUCCUGGUGAACUUAUGUGUGUUAGUGGGCAUUCUCAUGUUUGCCUAUUACGCUGACUGUGACCCCCUCACUCUGAAGGUAGCCAAAGCACGUGAUCAGGUGUUACCUCUGUUCGUGAUGGAUCUCUUGGGUGAUGUUCCAGGCAUCCCGGGGCUCUUUGUGGCAGUCCUCUUCUCAGGUGCUCUCAGUACGCUGUCUUCGGGAUUGAACUCCAUGUCUGCAGUGAUUAUCCAGGAUAUUGUUAGGCCAUUUAUCAGCAAAAAUAUAUCUGAAAGCAACGCCCUGAUAUUGGCAAAAGUACUAGCUGCGGUUCUCGGCGUGGUGUGUCUAGGUUUAUCAUACGUAGCUUCUUUACUUGGAGGCGUUUUACAGGCCGCAAUCACCCUUGACGGGGUAGUGGGCGGUAGCCUCCUGGGCGUGUUUACUUUAGGAAUGGUUUUCCCCUGGGCCAACUCAUUUGGAGCGUUUGCCGGGCUGUUGGCCAGUGUGACAUUCCUGCUGUGGAUCAGUGUUGGAGCGCGUGUGCAUAAGCCUCCCAUCCGUCGUCCUCCAUUACCUCGAUCUAUAGCCCAGUGCAACCUGAGCGCGUCCAUCUUACAUAAUCUCACCUCAUCUACCUUAGCUACAACAACAACGGGAGUUAUCCCACCUCUGAACGUCACUGCUGCUAUGGAAACUUCAGGGGGUUCUCUGGAUGCAUUGUACUCCAUCUCGUAUAUGUAUUACGGUCUCAUGGCGGUCAUUAUUGUCUGUGUGGUGGGUAUGAUCGUGAGUUUGAUUACAGGUCCAGCUGAUCCGUCCACCCUGGACGCUAGGUUGAUGUGUCCGUUUUUUGAUGUCUAUUUCCCAUGUCUGCCACAGAAAAUUCGUCGUUCUUUGCGCUGUGGUGUGAAUUAUAAUGAAAUGGCAGACGGUAAAGCGAAGGAUGCUGUUUUUUACACAGAUCAAUGGGGAGAAAAAGUGACUGCAUUCGAUGAAGAAACACAUCUUUAGAUCUGAAUUUAUGCAACAACAACAACGGACUACUGUUUAUACACUGUGCCAGAUACAAUCAGUUCCCAUGAAGAGCUACCCAAGUCGUACUUCUGUCAUGUGAGCCUAGAUCAUUUUGACGCCAACGACCACGUCACGUUGCUAAGUUGAAAUCGCUGUGCUGUUGCUCAUUGAGGAAAUGUGCAAGGUUAUGAAAAAUUAAACCCGAUUAAAUGCGUGAUUGCGACAAAAAGAUACUUUCCGCCUAUCGUAUGAAAACACCAUUUAAUUUUUUUUUGGUUAGAUAGUAUAAACAUAUCCAUUUUUGGACGAAAAUGUUUUGAAAGUAAAGUUGACUUUAACAGAUAUUUGGGAAGUUGCCCUGUGAUCGUCUAUUAGGUAAUAUAUGAUUCAAACGGAAUAUGACUCGGGACACCUCGUCUCCGGCUCUACGGCUGUCUCCGGCUUUCUUCGGCUCUAGUUCAUUACGGGAGUGGCCGAGGAGCUUCUAAUGGGCCCGAGUGAUGGCACUGACUUUGUCAUCCAGGAUCAAUCUCACCCAGAUUUUGAUCAACCCCAAAGCAUUAUAAUAGCCGAGAAGCUAGUCUCGCUCCACCUGGCGUCAAUAGCUGACAGUUUUUCCCAUCAACAAGGUACUUCAUAAUGACGAUGCUACUGAAUAGGGAAUUUUGAGAUGGAACUCUUUUGUCGCUAAAGGUAGGAAAAAGUCCUGAUGUAUCGUGUGACCUAUCAAAAAUGUUAGACAACUUUUCUUGACAUCAAUUCACCUAUCAGCAGUCUCGCCCUGUUCCAGAAAAACAAAGUACGCGCCUCUCUUUUAAGAAUUUCUUAAAUUCAAAAACGUCCAAAUCGUCAGUAGUUCGUCUUCUCUUAAUAACGUUUUGAGAAACUUUUUCAGAGA